GUGCGCACGCGCGUCUGGCGCGGAGCAGAACGCGCGGGCGGCUCGAGCCCCUCCUGCGCCUCUCAGCAUAGGCCGGGCGCAUGCGCGCUGGGGCGGCCGGGCGCGACGCAUGCGCGGCGGCCGGGACGAGGGGCCACCGCGGUACGUUGCGGGCAAGUGGGUGCGUGGCGGCCCGAGGUACGGCCGGGAGCGCGCCGGUCCCGCCGCCCGCUGACUCCCGGACCGGCCUGCUGGCCGUUGGCCGCUGUCGCUGAGGGGAAGCCGGCGGCGCAAGUAACUGCCAGGAUGAGGUUGGUGAGGAAGGACCUGGAGAAGGACAAUGCGGGACAGGUGACGCUGAUCCCUGAGGAGCCAGAGGACAUGUGGCACACCUACAACCUGCUGCAGGUGGGUGACAGUCUGCGGGCCUCCACCAUCCGAAAGGUGCAGACCGAGACGGCCACAGGAAGCGUGGGCAGCAACCGCAUCCGCACCACCCUCACUCUCUCUGUGGAGACCAUCGACUUCGACUCGCAAGCCUGCCAGCUGCGGGUCAAGGGCACUAACAUCCAAGAGAAUGAGUACGUCAAGAUGGGAGCCUACCACACCAUCGAGCUGGAGCCCAACCGGCAGUUCACGCUGGCGAAGAAGCAGUGGGACAGCGUGGUGCUGGAGCGCAUCGAGCAGGCCUGUGACCCAGCCUGGAGCGCUGAUGUGGCAGCCGUGGUCAUGCAGGAAGGGCUGGCCCAUGUCUGCCUGGUCACUCCAAGCAUGACGCUAACCCGUGCCAAGGUGGAGGUGAACAUCCCCCGUAAGCGGAAGGGAAACUGCAGUCAGCACGACCGGGCCCUGGAAAGGUUUUACGAGCAGGUGGUGCAAGCCAUCCAGCGGCAUAUCAACUUUGAGGUGGUGAAGUGUGUACUGGUGGCUAGCCCAGGCUUCGUACGGGAGCAGUUUUGUGACUACAUGUUCCAGCAGGCAGUCAAGACUGACAACAAGCUUUUGCUGGAAAACAAGUCCAAGUUCCUACAGGUCCACUCUUCCUCGGGACAUAAAUACGCAUUGAAGGAAGCCCUCUGUGACCCAGCUGUAACCAGUCGCCUCUCUGACACUAAGGCAGCUGGUGAGGUCAAAGCCUUAGAUGACUUCUAUAAAAUGCUGCAGCAUGAGCCUGACCGGGCUUUUUAUGGCCUAAAACAUGUGGAGAAGGCCAAUGAAGCCAUGGCCAUCGAUACCUUGCUGAUCAGUGAUGAGCUUUUCCGGCACCAGGAUGUGGCAACACGUGCUCGAUAUGUUAAAUUGGUAGAUAGUGUACGGGAGAACAUGGGCACAGUACGCAUUUUCUCCAGCCUUCAUGUGUCUGGAGAGCAGCUGGGCCAGUUGACAGGGAUCGCAGCCAUCCUGCGCUUUCCUGUUGCUGAGCUUUCUGACCAGGAAGAUGAAUCUAGCUCUGAAGAGGAUUGAUAACAGUGACUUCAUUCCACAGUUUCUUUUCCAAGACAUGUUGAAAUGACAUUAAAGGCCCUCCCUUCCUAAUACUAUGUGCAGAUGUGCCAUGCCAUGUAAUCAAGUUUUAGAUAGGAUUUCAUAAAGUAUAUAGCUCUGCUCAUCACAUUAAUAGAUAUCUGUUUUAUUGUAAGGAUCAUUGGUAUACUGUGGAUUGAAUCUUGACUAUUUUUGCAAGUUAAAUCCUGGACUUCCAGCAGUACAAGGAACUAAUUUGACUCCCUAAAGCUGCUUAUUCUGCAUGUUAAGGCAGAUGGGCAGCUUAGUGUUUUGGAAGGUGUUUCUAUGAAAAGGAAACAAACUAGGAGGAGAAAAUUAUGUCAGACUGUAUUUCUGUUCAGGUGCUUGAAAAGAGUACUGCAAAACAAAUGUGAACUUUCUGAUGCAAGACUGUGCUUGGUCUUCUAAGGAAUUCACCACUUCAUAAGAUGUGGCAAAGGGCUGGGGUCAACAUCAUCUCUUAGGGCUUUUUGUGGUGUUACGAGUCUAACCACUUAAAUAUUUGUGUGAAAAUCUUAAAGCAAUCAUUCAGAAACCAGACCCUUUAAAUUAACCAUUUCCUCCCUAAUAUGAUAGUAGAUGCAAGAAAAAUUGUGAAGCUCCAUGCACCCACUUCAGUUACCUCUUUGAAUGCUUGGGAGGUGGUCUGAGGGCUACCAAGGUAUGAUGUAUCUUGUCAUUGACUGUGUUCUGAUAAAUUUGAAUUGGGAUUAUUUAGCACUGAAUUCUGAGGUAUGAAAAGGCUUACAAAAUCAAGAGCCUAGUUCCCAUGAGGAAUCUUUUGACAAGGAGUAGUUUAAGUUAAGUUUAUAAUACAGUAUUUUUCUAUUUGUAUACCUUAUUAAAAACAUAUAUAAACAGAAGUAAAGAUUACAAAUUUAUAAAUCUUAACUUGGGCAUAGGGUAAUGACAGUGGUAAAAAUCAGAAUUACUUUUUAGUUAUUUGAACUGCUGAAAGUAUUGAGAGCCACUAUGACUUUUGUUUCUUUGCUGGACAAUAAAUCUUAGGCUGAGGAAGCAGAAACUGCUUUCAGAUUCUGACGUACCUGCAAGGGGAUUGUUCAGAUUAAACCGGUGUUUGAUGGUGUAGGUUGUGUGUGUAAAUAAGGAUUUUUUUUAAGUGCAGUGAGAGCAGGGGAACAGGAGACACUUGCCAAAAAUAAAUUUAUUUUAAGAAAGCCAGGGAAGACUUCUGAAAUAUGGAAAAGGACAUAACAAUGGAAGAUUAAAAAUAAAAACACCAAAGCUUAUAGUCUGAGUAGAAUAGGGGUCCUCAAACUUUUUAACCAGGGGGCCGGCACGCGGAUGAAGUGGCAGACAGUCAUCUGCGGCUGCUUGGUUCCCCCCAACCCCCAGCGGGGAGGGGGGAGGUGUCUGUAAAUAUGGGGGGCCGUAUCUGGCCUGCAGGCCGUAGUUUGAGGACCCCUGGAGUAGAAUAAUUCUAGGAAAAGCAUUUUUGAUGGUAGGCCUGUAUGUUGAUGGAUGCCACACCUGUGAAUUUGAUACUAGCUAGCUAGCUGAAACAUCAGUUUAAAUUCCUUGAUAGAGAAGUUCUUUUGAGUUAAAAGCCAUCUCCCCUUUUCCCAUCAUCCACUCAAAGGAACGCAUGAACAGAACUUACAUUAGAGUUGGAGUUGAACACUGAUUCUUCUCUCACUGAAGGCAAGCAAGUACAUUAAGACAGUUUAUAGAGUCAGCUUGCACAGAUAAACUUACUUGAAGUUCACAUUUUUAUCUUGGUGUUGAGUGGCACAAGUCAUAGUGCUUAGGUAAAAUUGCUUCAGCAGUUAGGACUGGUUAGAUUAAAUUUUUUUUUUCUUUCAAAAAUCUGCUUAAGCUGAUUGUACACUUUGCCAGUUAGAAAGCACCUUGAUUUCUGCUAUAUAUGGAGUAGAACAAUCUAACCUUCAAUAAAUAUUACUUAAAUGCAGAAAAUUGUGGCUUUAAACAAGCUCAUAAUGUCUAAACAGAGUUAAUUCCUUUAAAAUAAGCUGGUAUAUUAGUAUUUCCCGUCUUUUAAGCAAUGCCAAUUUGCCGCAAUUGCACACAGAUGAUACAUGCAUUCAAAAUUGUAGUACACCCAGAAAUUCUUAGUUUAAUUCUCAGCAAACUGUGAGACAGACAAAUCAAACUGUUCUGCUGUUGUGGAAUGGUUUGACAUUUUAUUAGACCAGAUGGAUUCCAGUUAUUCCAUUUUAAACAAGAAAUUAGGAAGAGGUUUUGCUGUGUACUGUAAGAUUAUAAUGGCAAUUCAGCAAGUCUGUGUUUAGUGCUUGUGGUAGUUAUCACCAAGGAAAAGAAGCAGCCACUUUGCUGCUUUUUCUUUUUUGCUGCUUUGUUGGUUUUUUGGGGGUUUUUGAGGUAUAACAAUGAGCGCAAACAUCUGCUAAGAAAGUACAUUCAUAAUGAUUCUUAAAUUAUUUACAUUUAAAAUUCUUCACUGACUUUAUGAGUAUUUUUCUUUUUGUAGCUGUUGCUAUCUUGGCGUUAAGUCUGUGAAAGAAAGUUAUUGCAUAAAGUCUCUGAAGGAAAUACACAUCUAGUUGCCCAAAGUAUGGAAGGGUGGGAUUUUUUAGUUUUGUUUUGUUUGGUAGGCAUUUUUGUAGUAAAAUAAAUACACAAUCACUAUGUAGACAAAUGCAUCCUGUUUCAGGAAACAGCUUAAGGGCUUGGUAUUGAAAGUAAGCUGUGUUCAGUAGCUGCAGAUGCUUGACCUGGCAGAGUUCCAGGGUUGCUAGUAUCUUUUACAUUUAAAGUCAUUUUGAAUACUUGAAAAGGCCAUAUUGACAAAGAUGCUUGUUUAAUGCAGGCCUUAAUGUCUGUGUAUAGGCACAGAAGAUGCAUGUUGUCUGCAGAUCAAAUGACUUUGAUUCGAUCAAAUGUGCUGGAGCCAUGGGAAAAUAUUUUUUGCACCUUUUCUUUGCAACUAAACAUAUAUGAACUAAAGACUGUCCACAAUAUGAAAAUAGUUCUCUUGCACCAUGAAGUGUUCACUGUCUUAGUUUAGUUUGAUUAUGUUCUGACAUAAUUCUGUGAAUUAGUAGUUUGUCUUACAAUUUUUCAGUUUUCAAAAUAAAUGAAUACACAUGGUAAGACUUACUAAUGUUUGUUACAUUUGGUAGGAAGAAAACUUUAAAAAGUUCCAUGAAAUCAUCUUGAUCCUGAACCCUGCUGUGCUCUUCAAAGUUUCAAAUAAAUUCAUUAAUUUAGGUCAUUAAACCUCUUGCAAACUAAUACUUGGAGCAGGCCUCAGCGUUAAUUUUGUCAUCUUUGGCAUUUAAAUCCAGUUGUUACUAUAUUCAUGUUUAUGUAAUAAAGUUGGGUGCAGAACAUGAGGUCACCACCAGCAAGAGACCAAAAUACUACUACUAGUUAUAAAGCAAAAUAAAAGAUAAAUCUUCUGGUAAAACUGUAAAGCAUUUAAUUGUGUUUAACCUAGGGAAUUCCUCAAGUCCCUCCUGUCUUCACCCUUGUACACUGUAUGAGUAAAAUGCUGGUAAAUGAUCUUUUGACCACUCCCUGACCACCAGUGUAACAAGAGCCCAUUGCUUGUCAGCUUAAUUUGUGAUGUAACUAGCCUGAUGUUUUUAAAGCCCUGUAAAUGUCCUUUCAUUUGCUACUGUUCUUUCAAAGGUUAAGUAGUCCUGAAUAAUAAAGCUAUCUUACAUGCCCGCUGAAAAUUUCUUCGUUUAACUUCUGAGCUGCUGACUUUGGGUUUGCCUUUUUCUCUGAAGGUACAGUAUAGCUACCUUCUAAUUUGACUGAUUUAUAUAGCUUGAGCCUCUCUUUAAUUUCUUUCUCGAAGCUGCAUUAACCAUCCAGAAAACGAGCUCGGUUUCAUAAAAGCAAAGUGGGGAUAAAAGAUGUAAUCAUGUGCAUGUGAUCUCUUUUAGUCACCCAGUCCAUUCACUUGAUUCUCAGAUUUUCAUAUGUCUUAACUGUCUUUAAAUAAAACAAGCCUGUUUCAUAGAUGUCUAGCUUUGCAGGAAAAAGCAUGUUCUCAGAGUGUUUAUGCUGUUGUUUUAUCUGCAGCCACAUUUGUGCAGUGUGUGGUCUGUUGCUUCUACAAAAGAUCUAAGAAAGCAAUUUUUAAAAUGUGAAGCUGCAAUUAGAAGGUCUACAGUUAGGAGUCUGUGUUUAUACCCUAAAACGAAUUCCUGAAAGACACAUAAU